UUGCAUUCAUAUAAACAAUGAUUUAAUGAUCAAAUACAAAUGAUACGAUGCCCAUCUGCAUCGAGUGCUCAUAUCCAGUCUCUCAUCUGUACAGCACCUACAGCCGUGCUGAUGACCGAUCGUUGGGUAAAGGAGUACGCUUGACUCAAUGUCCGCGCUGCCAGCGCUUCGCCGACAAGUAUGUCGAAUACGACUUUGUCGUCCUCUUCAUUGAUCUUGUCCUGAUCAAACCACAGGUCUAUCGCCAUCUGCUUUUCAAUCGAUUAGGAGGAGGCUAUGACAACCAAUUCGAUCGCUCCAUCAUCCGUCUUGGGAUUCUCUUGCUCCUAUUCGAUGUCUACCUCACCUGGGCCCGCAUCGAGAAAUCACCCUCCAUCGUCGAUACAUUCCUUUGGCGCGCCCCCGUCAUCGUCCAAUACCUCUUCUUCCUCAGUCUAAACGCGCUUGCGACUCUUGCUCAUCAUCUCACCAUCCGUCUCCUUGCUUCGAUUCUCGCCCCAACGCCCCGGGGUCACGUCGCGAAGAGCAAUACAACAAACAACACAGGGACAGAGACCUCCCAUUCCUGGACCCCAGUGCUACCGUCCUUCCCGGCCUCCCAACUCUCCCCGACUGCCACACCCACUGCAUCGAUUCUCAGCCCACCUAAGCUCGUCCCGCAGGGCUCAUCUUCAUCUCUCCACGAUGUUGCAACAACAGCAUCCACUGGCGCUAUCACAACAGGCAGCGAGUCCCAGACCCAAACCCCAACCGCCCACUCCCCUCCGCCGCCGCCGCCGCCGCUCCGCCGCUCCUCCACCGCCCCCAUCCAAAACAUGGCCAUGAACAUCCCCAUGGGAAUGAAUAUCAGGCCGUUGCCCCCACCCUCCCCUGCAAGCCCCACCGCCAUCAGCACCGCCCUCCUUGUCAGCAGCUGCGCGAAGCUGUUUCCCAUCCUCCUCGUGAUCUGGGGCCCGGACGGCAGCGGCAAUGCUUUCACGAACACCACGACCACCGCUUCGCACUCUACCAUCGACCUAAUCGGCAGCAGUGCCAAUACCGUCUCACCCACAGCCCUCGACAGCAUCCUCACACCGAUCGCAACAAUCACCGCCGCCAUCACAACAGCCACGCAAACCCCCUCCACAUCAUCGUUAUCGUCGUCAUCGUCAUCACUCUCCUCCUCCCUCCUGGACAGUGUCAUCCGCGCACUGCCAGAGUCCGUUUCCACCGGCUAUCUCGCCGAGUUCUUCGAGCUCAUGGGCUCGCUGCUGUCUCUGGGUGCGGCGGACUCGCAUCUUGUGCUACUGAGUAACAUCGAGGCACUGUAUAUCCUGCUUGGAUGCGGGUAUCUACGGGCCGUGGCGUUGGCGGUGACAGGGUUGGUGGCGCGGUGGUCAGUCCAGAGGGCGAUCUUGGGGUUGGUGGGAGUCAUUUAAUAUAGGCUUAUGGGAAGCAUCAACAGAUCUAUGCUUGUCCUUGGGUCCUCCGUCCCCGCUGCGGUAUACGCAGCAUAUACAGUACAUAAUACCCCCUCUCCCAAGGAAAGAAGAAUGUAGGAUACAAUCAUGAUGCAGUUCGCAAAUCCGCAUAAGUCAAAACAAACUUCAACGGUGCCAUCAAAAAAGAAACUUUAAACUAUACAAAGGUUCGAGAAACAUGAGAAAAGCCCUUGUAAAAUUGACUGGGGUAUAAUCCCAUUCAAACCUCCCCGCCACCAAGCCACGACGAGCCCAGGGCCCCCUCC